AGCGGGCAGUGGUCGCGCUGCAGCUCUGCAGCCGUUCAGAAGCUAACGGCGGAGGAAGGAGCUCGAGGUGAGCUCAGAGCGCGAGGACCUGCCGGACAAACGCGGCCAGUCACACACCUCUACACAUUGCCAUGGCAACCACAGCGAUGGAGAAGAUUGGCUGGCUGUUCAUUAACCUGCAGCAGGUGAGGCGGGUGCCACAGAAGCUGAGAGAGGCGGUGCCCUCCGUGCCCCCCACGGUGCGAGAAGCCGAGGUGCCCAGCUUUUUCCGCGAGCGCUACGUCCACACCGGCUACCGACCGCUGCAUCAGAGCUGGAGAUACUACUUCCUGUCUCUGUUUCUGCGCCACAACGAGACCGUAAACGUGUGGACGCACCUGCUGGGUGCGCUGGUGGUCCUCGCCCAAGCGGCUCAGCUGGCGGAGAGCGUGGAUUUUCUGGGUGAUCCUCACAGUUGGCCGCUGCUGGUUCUCCUCCUGUCCUCUGCAACCUACCUGACCUUCAGCGCCUUGGCUCACCUGCUCGGUGGCAAAUCCGAGUUCGUCCAUUAUGGCUUCUACUUCCUGGAUUACGUGGGCGUGGCGCAGUACCAGUGCGGCAGCGCCGUGGCACAUUUUUAUUACGCCGUGGAGCCGAGCUGGUACGAGCGCGUGAGCGGGAUCUUCAUGCCUGUGGCGAGUUUGCUCAGCUGCCUGUUCUGUGUGGGCAGCUGUUACGGAAAGUACCAGAACUACAGCCUUCCGUCCUGGGUGCGUAAGGUGGGUCAGGUGGUGCCCUCGGCUCUGGCCUACGUUUGGAACACCAGCCCUGUGGUUCAUCGCAUUGGGCUCUGGUACCUGUCCGACUCCAGAAGCGACCGUGCAGUGAUGUUCCACUGUGGUCAGGUGAUCUUUUUUCUGUGCGGCGCGUUCUUCUUCACCCACCCUCUGCCCGAGCGCCUGUUCCCGGGUCACUUUGACUUUCUGGGUCAGGGUCACCAGCUGUUCCACAUGUUCCUGGCACUCUGCACUCUCUCCCAGAUCCACGCCUCGUACCUGGACUACCUCGACCGGAGACACAUCUACACUCAUCUCCACGGUGACGGAGCAGCACUGAAUUUCUCUCUGCUGUACGUGGUGACGAUGGCGGUCGGCGCUCAGAUCGCUGCCUGCGUGAUGAAGAAAGUUAAAAACCUGCUGGAAUGUGAGAAAAAGGCCAAGUAAAGACAGAAAGACCUUCGAAAGUAGUUUGCACUUUUGCCCAAGUGCACUUACAGACCUGCAUUCCAUAAAUGUUGGGACAGUGUGUGAAAUCCAGAUAAUAACAUGAACAUUGUGAAAGUCCACUUUUACCUGUAUUUGAACUAAAUGGACCAGAACAAAGACGAGAUAAUUGAUAUUGUAUCUUGACCACUGUAUUGUUUUUUUAUAAAUACACAUUCAUUCUGAAACUGAAGGCUGCAACAUGUUCCAAACGGAGUAAGUCUGUCCUCUGCACAGCGGAAGUCACCCAUCAACAACAUCCAGAAACGCCGCCGACUUCUCUGGGCUCAGGCUCAUCUGAAACGGACUGAAGCUCAGUGGAAGCUCUUUUGGACUGACCCGCCCGCUUCUCCAAAAAAAACAUGAAGCACAUGCGAAUUUCAAGCAGCCCAAACAACUGAGCAGCUGAAGACUCGUCUAACAGAACAAUGUCAAAAAUCAUGAAUCAGUUUUAAGUCUUUAGUUCCUUAAACGAUUAUUAAGAGCUGCUUAAGGAAAGCUGAAGGCAGUGUGAUGACGUGUGGGACAUCUUACAGGCAUCCGAUUUGGAAUUAGCAUAUUACAAAAAACACAAACGUUCCUGAGGAGAAAUAAUAAUGCUUUUUUAUUGUUUUCAGUCUAAUGCAGGUCAAACACAGUUUACUGAGGUUUGUAGAUUUUCCUCUUUCUGUGUUUGGUUGCUGGACUGUGUCGGUCAUUCAGCCUCAGAAACUAACGACCAUCAAUUCAGCAGUGAACCAGUUUCAGCAUGAAUCUGAUUAGCCGUUUAAACUUUCUACACUCUGCAGUAUUUUAAUUGUAUUUGUCACAAAUGCAGUUAUUUAACAUGUUUUGUUUUGGGAACACUGACAAACUUAUGGUUACAUUUUUAUAUAAAACGUUAAAAUGAGUUUUUUAUGUAAACAACAAACGUUCAAGCACAGUGUUUAACAGGUUCUGUUUCAGUGCUGUUUAUAAUGCUCUCGUCCACUUUGACUCCUUACAGGUGUUCACACAGUGAAGGAGGGGGGGUCAGUGAGGAGCAGAUUAUUGGGAGGGGUCAGGGUAGAGCAGAUUAUUUGGAGGGGUCAGUGAGGUCUCUGUGUAUCCUUUAGCCUGUAGCCUCAGCCCAUAAACAUCAUACUUAAGGUGGCACCGGGGAUUGUCUCGAAGGGACAAGGUGAGGCUGAGUGGACGAGGGCAGUUAAAGCCGGUGUUGUAACAGGCAGUCAGACUUAUCAGUGUACAUGUUUCUGCAAAAUUUUGUUUAAUCUAAUAAAAGUAGUUGUGGUCA